AUCUCUGAGCGAUCGACAAUCGGCAUCAAUUUGCAUAAAGUCUUCUCAGCCAUAAUGGCUACCGGGCGGUUUAAGUUUUCGAACAGUUUCGUAGUUUUACUACUCCUAAAUGGAGUACUGGCUGUUGAUCACAGUGUGUUUAAAACAUGCGCUCAAAGUGGAUUUUGUCGUCGAAAUCGUCAGUUCGAGCCUCAAGACAGCGCUUUUGUAGUGGACAACAACUCAAUCGAUAUACGUCACAAUGUAGUGACCAUGGAUAUGCAUGAUACCGCGAACAAUUACUGGUAUACUCUAAGCUUCAGUUCGGUUCAUGAGAAUAUCUUUCAUUUUGAAAUCAAUGAAAAAUAUCCACUUAGAGAUCGUUAUCGAGUGACUGACGCCUUGGUGAAUGAGUUGAAGCCUCGUGGUGUAUUAAUAGAAAGUUCAAAACAUGCAAUUACCAUCCGGGACAAUACCAAAAGAGCAGAGAUUCAGGUGAAACCGUUCAAGAUCGAUUUUUAUGACCAUGACACACUCAUGGUUUCUUCUAAUGCCAAAGGAAUGCUUAAGUUCUUGCAUUCAAGGCAAAAACCUUCUCUUCCAAAGGAAGGUGAGUGGGAGGAAGAAUUUAACGGUUUCGUUGAUAGUAAACCCAGAGGACCGGAAUCGUUGGGGAUGGAUUUCACAUUUCAUCAUGCUGCAGUAAUGUUCGGAAUUCCGGAGCAUGCUGAUGAUUUUAUUUUAAAGGAAACAAUCCAUGAAGCGAGCGACCCCUACCGUUUAUAUAAUCUGGAUGUGUUUGAAUAUGAAGUAAACAGCAAAAUGGCUCUAUAUGGGUCGAUUCCUGUAGUUUAUGGACAUGGAUCUUCUGGGACAUCAGGAGUGUACUGGAAAAACUCGGCUGAAACGUGGGUUGACGUUUCUUAUGUGAAUGAUACCUAUGUGAAUAUCUUCUCUGAAAGUGGAAUCAUUGAUGCAUUUGUGAUGUUGGGUCCUUCGCCGAUUGAUACAUUCCGGCAAUACACAUUCCUAACCGGAACCGCACCACUGCCACAGAUGUUCGCCCUUGGUUAUCACCAAAGUCGUUGGAACUAUGACAAUGAAUCGGAUGUGGCCCUAAUUGAUAGAAAAUUUGAAGAGUACAAUAUUCCGUUGGAUUGCAUUUGGCUGGACAUUGAGUACACUGAUGGAAAGCGUUACUUCACGUGGGAUUCGACAAACUUCCCAAACCCCUUGGAGCUGAUUAACAACCUGACGUUGAAUGGCCGACAUCUGACUAUGAUAAUUGAUCCACAUGUAAAAGUAGACGAGAACUACUUUUUCCAUCAAGAUUGCGUUUCGAGUGAUUACUACGUGAAAAACAAAAAUGGCGAAAAUUUCGAAGGUGAUUGUUGGCCAGGGCUUUCAAGUUACACGGAUUUCUUAAAUCCUCAAGCUCGUCAGUACUACGCUAAUCAGUAUUUGCUUGACAAUUUUAAAUUAUCAACCCGCGAAAUAGGUAUAUGGAACGAUAUGAAUGAACCGUCAGUAUUCAACAGUGUAGAAGUUACAAUGCCAAAAGAUAAUUUGCAUUACGGUGGCUGGGAACAUAGGGAUGUGCAUAACAUUUUUGGCUUUUAUCAUACUAUGGCAACCUAUGAUGGACUCAUGCAAAGAAAUGAAGGUCUUUACAGGCCAUUCGUGCUGACCAGGGCAUUUUUCGCUGGAUCCCAGAGAUACUCUGCAGUUUGGACGGGAGAUAACACAGCUACAUGGGAACAUCUGCGAGCAUCGAUAAAAAUGUGUUUGUCACUAUCGGUAUCCGGAAUAAGCUUCGUUGGAGCAGACGUAGGAGGAUUUUUCGAACAUCCCAGUGGAGAAUUGAUAUCUCGUUGGUAUCAAUUGGCGGCCUUCCAACCAUUUUUCCGCGGCCAUGCUCAUAUGGAUACGCCUCGUCGAGAACCCUGGAUGUGGCCUGAAAACGUACAAGUAGCAACUAGAGAUGCCAUCCAAAAGCGUUACCGGUUGCUGCCUUUCUGGUACACCUUGUUUUAUGAACACGAGCGUGAUGGAGCUCCGAUAAUGCGUCCAAUGCUUGCCCAAUAUCCAAAUGAUCCAGUCACAUUUAAAAUUGAAAACCAAUAUCUUCUUGGAGAUCAGUUACUUGUAGCUCCCACUCUCUAUCCUGGUCAGACAAAUGUUUCCGUCUAUUUCCCAGUGAAGAAAGAUGGGACAUCUGAUGUAUGGUAUGACAUCGAUAAUCAUCAUAUAUUUAAUCAUGCUGGGUUCGUAACGGUGAUGGUUGAUGAACUCAAAAUUCCGGUCUUUCAAAGGGGAGGCACAGUUAUUCCAAUAAAAAGAAUUGCUCGUAAGUCAAGCAUGCUCAUGAGACAGGACCCUUACGCUCUGAUAGUUGCAUUAAACGACAAGGGUCGUGCAAAAGGAACAUUGUACAUCGAUGAUGAAGAAAGUAUGGCGUACCGUCAUGGAAGUUAUAUGCUCACACAAUUUGAGUUUAGAAACAAUAAACUCAUGCCUAGAAACAUUGAUAAAUCGACAUUUAAAUCUGGAGCUACGAUUGAAUCAGUAACUAUCUUGGGUCUUUCCGAGGAAAUUUCGACCGUGAAGGUUUCGCGGCAACAGUACGUUCGCAUAUCUGAUGUAGUUGCCACUGGAAACAUCGUAAUGAUGGAAAAUCUACAGCUUGAGAUGGGCACCGAUUGGUGGAUAGAGUUUUCUUGAACUGUAUAUCGAACUUUCUGAUGAAUCGAAUUUAUGUGCUAAAAUAAAAAUAAACAGUACUUGUCAGUGCUACUGAAACAGUA